AUGAUACAGGGCGUAAAGAAAAAAUUUGGACUGGAUGCGAAAAAUAUCUACGCUGUAACGGAUGCUGGCAGCAACGUGAAACGGGCAGUUUCGUUGGGAAACAUGGAGCACCAUUUGUACUUCGGACAUGCACUUCAUAACCUUGUGACCGUGGAUGGUAUAGAUAGUGUCCCAGAAGUAAAAGAACUGGUUAAUGUAAAAAAAAUUGUCAAGACUGUGCGCUACCGGUUACCAGAGGUGGAGUUAGAAGCAGAAAAGGUGCAGAAAGAAUUUUUGGAUAGUGUUGAACGAGUAGUAGAAACACUAGAAAUUGAUGAGAGUAACCCCAUUUUACAGAGCAAUUCGCAGACAGCUACAGAAGCAAGCACCGAAGGGUUUGCAGAAGACAUGUCACUUAUGACAGCUGACAAUUUUAGAAAUAUUCCGUCAAUUAAAACGGCUACGCCUACACGUUGGCGCGCAGCACUUUAG